AUGUCUGUCAUCUCGCCCAAUGUUAACCAACUGGAGGUCUGUUCCGGAAUUGCUGCCGAAAACGAGAAGAAUGCCAUAGACUCGUCCAUCAAGUCUAUCGAGAGCCUCUCCGAAGAGAUUUUUGAUUCCUCUUCAUCAAAUGUGAAAGAUUUGGUCCUGAAAGUCUUUGCUCACCAGGCUGUCAGCGAUUUCCUUAUUUACACAUCUCGUCUUGAUGUGUUCGCCAAAGAUUUCUCGUUAUCAUUUGAUGAUGACAUCGAUUUCCUAUUGAUAAUCAGAAAAUUGAAGUAUUUCUACAAUCAACCCACCGGUGCUGUUUUAGAGCAACUUGCUACUCUUGUGCAAAGAAAUUCUUGUGAUGCUGCCAAAGUUUCCAGGUGGAACGAGGUCGUUAAGAUGUUGACGGCGGAUAAGACUUUAAGCACUAUGGCUGUUCGCCGUUUCCUUCAAGAAACAGGUUGUCCUAAAUGUUACAUAGAGAAUGCUGAGUAUCUUGAGAAAUUUGACCCGCACGGAAUUUACCCCACCACCAUAUAUGGAAGAUGUAGUGGCGAAGUUCUUGCUAAACCAGACGCAUCAGUUGUUGCCAUCACCAGUAGAUAUACUUUAACGACUACUGCCAAGAUAGUUUAUGACGUUCUGAACCCAACCAAUCCAGAGCUAAGGGCUGUAUAUCAACCCAUCGGAAGGUGCGUGACAAUCAUUGAUAAAAACGUGGAAAAUAUCUAUGGUACAGCUAUACAGGCCUACUUUGACGAGCACUCUAUCGAGUUGAUCAAGCUGGUCACCUCCGCGGAGGAAAUUGACAAAGACAUCACCAACUUACAGGAUGUCUUGGUGCAGCUGAAGACAUUAGGGGUUAGACGAAACGAGCCUCUGUUGGUAGUCGGCAAUGGUGUAUUACACGACGUUAUUGCGUGUGCAGCCUCCCUCUACCAUCGUAACACACCCUACGUGAUGCUGUCUACAAGUGUCGUGGCCGCCAUCGACGCUGGACUAUCACCUCGCACAGGUUGUGAUGGAUUCGGCUUCAAAAACCUCUUUGGCUCCUAUCAUCCUCCUGUUCUGGCACUGACUGACAGAAGCUUUUUCCGCACAUUAAAGCUCGGUUGUAUGCGUCAUGGCAUUGCUGAGAUAGUUAAGAUGGCGGUUGUUAAGGAUGAAGAACUCUUUUGCCUACUUGAGCAGAACGCCGCAGUUAUUUUGUCGACCAAACUUGGCACAGUGAUGGAGGAUUUUGAGGGAGAUCACGCGGCUUUUCAAGAUAUUUGUGAUCUCAUUGUUGGCAAAGCUCUUGAAGACUACAUGAGAUCGGAGUACGGUAAUAUGUUUGAGACGCAUCAGUGCCGACCGCACGCCUAUGGUCACACAUGGAGUGCCGGUUAUGAGCUCCCUGCUGGGAUGCUUCACGGUCAUGCUGUGGCAACUGGGAUGGGCUUUGGCGCAUAUCUCUCCCUCUGUAACGGCUGGAUCACACAGCACGAGUUCCAUCGGAUUUUAAAGCUCCUCAGCGACCUUGAGCUGUCUUUGUGGCAUCCUAUCAUGGAGGAUACGCAGCUAGUCUACAAAGGCCAAAAUACCAUGAUCCAAAAGCGGGCUGGUAACCUUGCUGCUCCGGUACCUAAAGGGCUUGGCAAGUGCGGCUACAUCAACGACAUGCCUUACGAUCUCCUUGGCAAGCGCCUGGGUGAAUAUCGAAACAUUACCCUGGGGUACCCCCGACAAGGGAUGGGAAUUGAGGUCCACUGCAUGGAUAUUGGAAUCGCGUGUCCAAAAGUGGGGAACCUGAGCAGCAAGAACAACAACAACAGCGAGGCUCACAAUGGUGUAGUGAUGUCGAGCAACUUUCAUUGUAACGGGGAAAUAAAGGAGCACAAGAAAUCCUCAAAAUUGACAAAGCCCGCACCUUUGGAGCAACGCGGAUGA